AUGACUGCACUCAGCAAGGGCGCUACAAUAGUGCCACUUCGAUCAGCUGUGGGAAGGCACAUUUGUCAUGAGCGCGGUCUCUCUUUCUUCUUGACAUUUUGUUCAAGGCGAACGUUUGUUUUCGGCAUUACACGUUUCGUGUCAAACGACUUAAAAAAUGCGUUACAUGUUGAGAAGAUCCUGAGCUCUGUGGGUAUCGAGGCCGACGCUGAGAAACUAAAGAAAGUGAUUUCAGAACUCAGCGGCAAGAGUGUUGAGGAGCUCAUUGAACAAGGCCGUGAGAAGCUGUCUUCAAUGCCAGUGGGAGGUGCCGCACCCCUAGCCGCGGUAGGAGCUGCUCCUGCGGCCGCCGCUGCCCCCGAGGCCAAGAAAGAGGAGGAAGCCAAGAAAGAAGAAUCCGAGUCUGACGAUGAAGACAUGGGCUUCGGACUAUUUGACUAA